AUGGCUGUCCAGACAAUCCUGCAAUCACCUCUCCAUCGAUCCCCACACCUUCCGCGGCUUCCCUGUUCCACACCCAAUACCACACCACCACUCGAAUCUGCCGCUUUCUCCGCUUUCCUACCCUUCCGCUGCCAUAUAGAUUUUCAACAACCCCGGCCGGCGUGCACCUGGCUCCGCUCACUAGAUUUCCGCCUUGCAGCCUGCGAGGUGCACACCGUCCCGUGGCGGCCCUCAUCCGCGUCAUCCGCAGCCGUUCACACCAAGCGACACCCCCAGCCGGCCGUGGGAGGUGACGACGCAGCCACUGCCGGCGGCGCCGACGAACGUGGUGGCGGCAGCGUGGGCAAGAGCGCGCCUCGCCCCAAAGCAGAACCCACCAAGGAGAUGCAUCUCAAGCCGCGAAUCGCUGAACAUGAUCUGACCUAUAAACUGCGCCAAAUGGAAGGCUGGCUAGCGGACGGCAUCAGGACGAAACUGGUGGUGGAAUUUCGCGCGGCGGAGCAGUCCGAGGCGGCGGCGGCGCUGAUGGACUCCGUCGUGGCGAGGUUGGCGGGUAAGGGCCAGCCGCUGGGUCCCAGGCGGCAGAACAAGGACUCGUGGUUCGUGAUGCUGCGGCCGCCCCCGGUCAAACAAAGCAAGCAGCAGCAGGCCAAGCAGCAGCAGCACCCGGCGCCGCUGCCGCAGCAGCAGCAGCUGAAGCAGCAAUCUCAGUCACAAAAGGAGGAGGAGACGCGAGAAGGCGAGGAGCAGCGCCUGAAAGGGCAGCUAAGAAGUGAUGGUGUCGCGAUGCGUGGGGCGCCGAGCACGGCAGCUUAG